AUGGCUGUCCCCCUGCCACCCGCGUCCAACCUUCACGCCAUUCUUCUCGUCACCAAGUCGCGCUCGCUUGGUCCCCGUCUCGUCUUCCACUACCCUCCCCUGUCGCCAUCCGCUGCUGCCCUCGCUGCCGCCAAAGACCCAGCUUGGUUCCGCCACGACGCGUCAACGGCAAGCGUCGAUUCGCGCAGCUCCGACAGCGAUUGGGACAGCAGCACCGACUCGGAAGACGACAAUGAUGUCGAGAUAGGAAGCCGCACUAGCGGCGGCCGCGGAUCGGGGAGGGCUUUGACGGGCCGUGUGAGCGACAAGUCCAAGCUUGGGGCCGGCGUAUGGGGCAAGCACGAGACAAUCGACGAGGAGGAUACCGAGGACGGCGACGAAAGCAGCGGCAAUGGGCGCAGACGAAAGGGCGGCGACUAUGACUGGGACACCGUGUUGGGCUUCAAGACGGAUGCGCUGGAGAAGAUGUUGAGCCCAAGCAAGGACUACAACAAGCGGCGCUUCGAGCUGGGCGUCGAGAGCAUCGUCUUUGUUGGCGCUCCAAUGUUUGUAAGAGAAGACGGCCUGUGGAAGAAGCUCAAACGGAAGAAGAAGAAGCGAUCCGACAAGGACAAGCUCCAAGACGGUGACCUCGUCAAGAAUCUGACCAUCGUGGACGAAGAUGAUGGGGCUGAUUCUCCCAAAGCCCCGCCGAAACCGGUUCCCGAGCCAUUCGUCUAUCCAGAGGGCUUUGAGCCAGGCUAUGGACACGACUCCAUGUCCAGUGGACCAUCAGCAGCCCCGUCAGAAGCUGGGUCCGACACUCGAAGUAACUCGACCACGCACGAUAACAAUCCCGACAUGACCAUGUUCAAUGUUGUCUUUGUGCUCAAUCCCCCCGUGCUCGAGUACCAGCAACGCGUCAAGGAAAUGUAUGACAACGUGACGCGCAAGUAUGCCAAGGCGCUCAAGUACGAAGAGGCACGCUUCCAGUAUGUCUGGAAAGAGUCGAAGCGCAUCAUCGACAUUAAGCAGCGAGCAAAGGAAACCAACGAGUCCCUCACCGCGACCUGGCGCAAGAUUGUCAACACAUCCCCCCUUGCCAAGUCUAUCGCAAUCAUGUUCGACGCAAUAUCGCACGACAAGAUUGCCCAUAUCCACUUUGAUGCUACCUUUAAUACGUCGUUUCAAAUACCACAAGCUGAUUCGACGCCGUAUCUGCCCACUGCAAUCGAACCACAGAUGCCGGGCCUAUGGCUGACUACGUCAAACGUCGUCUUGGAGGAUGACGAGGCUCCCAUGACACAGCAUGCUGCUUUGCUGCUUCUCGAGGAUGCAGAAGUCCUGAUCAAAGACCUCGGUGGAGAUGCAACAGGCAAUGCUGCCGCCAUCGCCUUUUACAUCCGCAACAUCAUACCGACAAAGUCACUGCUGAAAAUCUCAAAGAGACACAACAUCUCAGCGCACGACAUGGAGUACAUAGCAAGCCAUCUCGUGUAUUGGCGACGCGCGCGCCUGAUUGCGCCCCUGUCACCGCGUGACACGUACAUUGUUAGUCCAAACGCCGACAUGACCGUUCUCCCUGCGGCCAUUGCUGCCUAUGCGCAACGCUUUCCAACCUUGCCUACCUUGCCCAAGAUACUGAGCAUGCUGUCUGGUACGCCUCGGCCGUACAGGAGUUUCAUACCCACAGCUGAGCAUCGCGAAGCCUACAUGGACAUUCUAGCUUGGCUUAUGCGUGGGGGCUGGGUGACACAGCUGCGAACAUUUGCUUGGGUGCGUGUAACACCCGAGAUCAAGGCUCAAGUUGCGACGGAGAUGGAACGCGAGGAGCGGAUAAAGAAAGCCGAAGAAGCGCGUAAAGAAAUGCUCGGCGACAACGAUUCCAACGCAGAGAGCUUGCUUUCCGGCAAACGCAGUAGUCUGUUGUCACUGAGUUCCCUCAGGACGUCGUCACCGUUACGACGCACUAGAAGAGACGGGGAAGAAGAAAUGGAAAACAGUACAAUUUUGAGUCCACGACUGACGUCCGCGGCAAUGACACGCAGCUCUUCUGCACGCACAGGGUCGGACGCUGGAAGUACAAGUAGCCAACGAACAACGAUUGCGCUCAACUCGUCGCAGCGAGCCGAAUCACCCUCGCAUAUUGGCUUGCGAGAAAUCAAGCCGCAUCGGCCCUCGCCGCUGCACUUGAAGCCUACUUCUCCCUCACCGUCUCGCAAUUCGAUAGUCUCUCCGACUUCGCCUCUGGAAAUGCCGGUGCCUCAGGACCCCUCGUCUUUUACCCACACUACCAUACUUUCGCCCCAAAAAGCAUCCUCUCUCGAGGCACGCUGGCUUGACAAGAUUGCGCAGACCUUUGAAGAAUCUGCCAUUGAGUCUGCACACCCAAGCCCACCAAAGCAAACGGACGGCGGGUUUGGCGGCAUCACGGGCAAAGAACUAAGAGAAAGCUGGCCAAUGCUCUUGAGGCACUUGGACGGAGAGUGCAAACAUAUCAUGAUGUCGUAUUUGCGAUGUAUCAAAUCCCACCGUGGGAGUAACGACCCCGAAUGCCGCGACCUUUCCAAAUCAUAUCUAUCUUGCCGCAUGGACCGGAAUCUAAUGGCUCCCGACUCGUUUAAGAAUCUGGGAUUCAGUGACGACAGUGAUAGCUCUAGUGUUGCAACGACAGCGCAAUCAUCGUCGACCCAAAACCAAGGAAAGCCGUGAGGAGCGGUAUAAUGCCCAUGCGAUCAAGGGCUUAGGCCGUCUGGCCACCUGUGAUCCGGUUAUAUACCGGUAGCCGAGCUCACGCCGACUUUACGAAUCCUAGUUUUGCACCUUGUUAUAAAUCCGAUCUAGCCGACGAUCGUAUUCUGGCCUAGUCUUAUCAUGCGUUUUUUGCAGUUGUUCGGCAGCGUUGGCCGCUUACAUGGAAGAGACGCCAAGCAUCAUGAUGUGCGCGAGAUACACAAGGACAAGACUUGUGUGGGAUCAAGAAACGGAACUAGACAUGCCAGAGUGCACAUGAAUACGGCACAUGCAAGAGCCAUAAGGGGAUACGAAGAGAUAACAGCCUGACAGAUGCUGCAGAUAGCCGGAAUGGGCAUGACCGGAUGCAUCGCAGCAAGGUGGAAACUGAGUUAAUGUAGGCCAUACACGUGCUUCCAACCACGCUACCUGUCUGUGUAGCUUGGCCAUCAAUACAAC